AUGAGCGAGGGGACUGGCUCCCAGUCGGGAGAGGCCCAUGCGCGGCCCGGAUCCGAGCGCAGGGCGUCGGCCGUCCUUCCGGCCAUCCCGCUGCCUGCGCCGGAGCUGUGCUUGCUGAACGCUCGGCCGCUGAGCUGCCUGUACAGCAGCCAGUAUGCGCGUACUCAGCGCAAACGCAUUAGGCGAGCUGUGACGCGCUGUGAGGCCAGCGACGUCGAAGACUGUCUCUACAACGAAGACGACAACCAUGUGCACUAUUAUCGGAGAAGCACGGAUGCCGGCGAUGACGAGCCGCUCCCUGAGGCCACGCCGUCGGAGAUCCGCAAGGAGCUGCAGGUCUGCGAGGCGCUGCUGGCGCACAUCGGGGUUCGGAUCGCCAGCAAGCGCAACGCGUUGGCGCUGUUAGGACUCAACGUGAUGCAUGGUAACAGGAGGGUCGGGUUUAUGAGCCGUGCUCUGCGUUACGGAGUGCCCUGUAUGCCAAUGAGCGCGAUGGUCAACACGCUGCAGGCACGUAAUGCCAAUGGCAGUGUCCCAGCGUCCACGGACGAUUCGGCAUACCCCCGUCCAACCCCGUACACCGAUAUAUCGUGGGGUUUGGAAGACCCGGAUCUGCUGCGCGGCAAGUUGCAUGAAGUAGUGGAGGACGCCCUUGCGGGACUGGGGAAGGACCCCGACGGUAACGACGCCGUCAGCUUCAAAGACAUCCUCAAGCUCCCGCUGCUGACUAGCAACGCAUAUUCGCUUCUAGGGCCGUCGUCACUGGUGUUGCCGGACGACGUGCUGUCUGAAGAUCUGUUGCUACCCACGUUGUCGGGCCCGGGGCGCGGUAACGGGCCCGCUGGCAAGGCUAAGAAAAAAGCCAAGGCCAGCGAAUCCGCAAAGUCGGUCUCGUUUAAGGCCAAACCAGAUAUCUAUGACAAGCCUUUAUCUUCGCCGAUACGGUUUAUAGGCAUCGGGAUCCAAGAGGGCGCGGCCUCAGGCGACGCAACGCCCAAAUCGCCAUCCCGCCUCCGUGACCCAGCGGAUGGCAGAGGAAGCAGUGACCGUCUCAAAUUAUUAGUAUCCCAAGGCAAGGUGCAGCCCGCAUCGAAACGCCCAUGCGGUUCCAGCGAAGACGAGAAGAUCGCCUCAACCGAUCGUCGGAGCCUGGUCAGCAACGAGGGCGAAGUGGACCGCGCGGACGAGGAUGACGGCGACUCUGACUACCUCGUUAACGGUGGGGAACGGGUAAAGCGGCCCUCCAGAGACCGGAGCCGUGCCGAGCGCCGCGACGGUCAAUCGAAGGAGAAGCGCAACGAAAAGCUGCCCCCCGAGUCGGAGCUGACUGUUGACCAGAUGGUGCAGAAUCUGAGGAACGGCAAGUUGUGCAAUGGCAAGGACCCCAAGAACCUCCGAGACCUGAUAAUAUCCAUCCUGGUGGCGGGGCUGUACGAGUUCCUCCCGGUCGAGUUUUUCAACGAGUUCCUUCAAGACCGGAGGCUGUUGCAGUGUCUCAGGCAGAUCAGGAGAAGGCCUAACCCCGAAACCUGA